UACGUCAUCCCGGAAGGUCUCCUUUUUCCGCGGGUCUUUUGGGACAACAACAACCGUGCAGAAAUGGCGGGAGUAAAUGCCAUGGAGAAGAAGUUGGCUGAAUACAAGUGUGAUACCAAUGAGGCAAUUUGCCUGAAACUGGUGCGCUUUCCUGAAGAUAUUGAUGAUGAUGGCACCACGUUCCACCCAGAGUACAGCCACCAAUCAUUUGGAGACGAUGAAAUUGCUUUUGGAUACAAAGGUCUUCAGAUCCAGCUCUUCUACGCUGCUGGAAACCUUAGCACUCUCUUCAAAGUGAAAUAUUCCUCAAAAGUCACUGAGAUGUUUGAUUGUGUGGAGGCCGACGAGGUCGAAGGGAAAGUCCGGGAAAUAAUUCCUCCCGGCUUCACCAGCAACACCGACGACUUCAUCUCGCUGCUGGAGAAGGAGGCCAACUUCAAGCCGUUCGGCACCCUGCUCCACUCCUACAAGGUCCACAACGAGGAAGCGGGAGAACUCACGUACCAGAUUCACAAGGCGGACAUAACCUGCGCGGGAUUCCAAGACUACCACGAGCGCCUGCAGACCUUCCUCAUGUGGUUCAUCGAGACGGCCAGCUUCAUCGACACAGACGACGAUCGUUGGGACUUCUUUCUCGUAUUUGAAAAAUACAAUAAAGAUGGGGAGACUCUCUACGCAACCGUUGGCUACAUGACAGUUUAUAAUUACUACGUAUAUCCAGACAAAACCCGACCACGUGUAAGCCAAAUGCUGAUCCUGCCUCCGUUCCAAGGAGAGGGUCACGGAGCUCAGCUUCUGGAGGCAAUUCACAGAUUUUAUUGUAGCCUGCCCAAAGUGCAAGAUAUCACAGCUGAAGAUCCCUCGGAGAACUAUGUGAAGCUGAGAGACUACGUGUUGGCGAAGCUUUGCCAAAACCUGCCAUCCUUUGCUGCAGACAAGCUGCACCUCGGCUUCUCCACCGACAUGGUCCAAGAGUCGCAAGAAAAGCUGAAAAUUAACAAGAAACAUACAAGGCGAGUGUACGAAAUCUUGCGUCUAAGAGCGACAGACAUGAGCGACGAGGAAAAAUCACGAGCGUACCGGUUAGAUGUGAAGAAGAGGCUCUUUGCACCAUACAGGAAAAACCAGAGGGAGCUGGCCAAAAUGAGGAAAUGCCUGCAGCCAGAGGAGCUGGUGUCCCACAUGGGCCAGAUGGACGCUGAGACGCAGCAGGAGGAGGUGGAGAAGAGUUACCAGGUGCUGGUGGAGGGCUACAGGAGAAUCCUUGAGAGGCUGGCGACGCACGCCUGAUCUGACUGUGAGAGAUGCCGGCGGCCCAGAGCCCACCCACUCAACCCGCAGCGGCUCGGGCCAAUCUGUACAAAAAGCUCACAUCACUGCAGACUUUUUGCUUCGGCCAAGAAGAUUUUGUCUUGAUGUAAGAAAAUUCCAGUAUGAAAUGAAGAGUGUUACAGAUUUGUAGUUGUUGCUGACCGAAAGGGCCCAUUCCCCCGCCGAUGGCGAGGGCGUAGAGGAGGUGAGUAGCUCGACUUCCUGUUCCUGCCUCAUGUGUUUCGAUCACACCGUGUGGUUUUAAAUGACCUGUAAUAUUUUACAACCGAUUCACAAACCCACGAUCCUGCAGAGGAACCCCGCGUCUUCUCCAUCAUGCACACUUUUAAAGAUCUUUUGUUAACAAUUCCCGGUGUGUUUUGAACUUCUUCAUAAGGAAAUGAAAGUGGUUUUGUAAAUUGUUCAAAUGGGGGUGAUUCUUAUAAAAUAAAAAUAUAACAAAAGUAAA